GACAUCCGCCCAGCACACUAACACCAACACCAUGCUCUCCCUCUCCCCCUCGCUCGCGCUCGUCCUCGCGCUCCUGUCCCUGGUGGUCUACAACGCCGUGCAGCGCGCGCUCUCGCCCGGCAGCAGCAGGCUGCCCCCCGGCCCGCGCCGGCUCCCGCUCAUCGGGAACCUGCUCGACAUGCCCACGGGCAAGCGGUGGGAGACCUUCGCUGCGUGGGGCGACAAGUACGGCGACGUCACCUCCGUCUCCGCGCUCGGCACGACGCUCGUCGUGCUCAACUCCCUCCCCGCCGCGACCGAGCUCCUCGAGAAGCGCGCGCUCGUCCUCGCCGACCGCCCGGACUCGACGCUCAGCGGCGAGCUGAUUGGGUGGAAGCACAUCAUGGCGUUCAUGCACUACGGCGAGCCCUUCAAGCACUGCCGGAAGCUCAUGCAUAAUUUCCUGGGCACGGGGCCGGGGCUCAGGAGUCUCCACCGCAUCCACGAGGAAGAGGUCUGCCGGUUCCUCAGGAAAUUGCUGAAGAACCCGGGGGACAUGGAGCACCUCGUGAACCACUUCACGGGCGCGCUCAUCCAGCGCGUGAUGUACGGCGUGCCCGACGACGGGCGCACCGACUUUGUGCAGACCGCGGACCGGGCCGUGACGGACCUGUACACGCACGCGAGCGGCGAGUUCCUCGUCGACGUCCUGCCCUUCCUGCGACACCUCCCCGCGUGGGCCCCCGGCGCGCGCUUCCGGGCGCGCGCGCGGGAGUGGGCGGUCACGUUCGACGCGAUGGUGGAGAGGCCGUAUGCGUGGGUCAAGAGCCGGCUGGCCGCAGCGAAGGACGUCGAGCCCUCCUUCGUCGCGGACCUCCUGCGCGAGGGCGCGGAGGACGAGUUCACGAUAAAGUGGAGCGCGGCGAGCAUGAGCGCCGCGGGGCCCGACACCACCGCCUGGACGCUCUACGCGUUCUUCAAAUCCAUGACGCUCUUCCCGCACGUCCAGGCAAAGGCCCAGGCGGAGGUGGACGGCGUCACGCUUGGCGCGCGCCUGCCCACCCUGGGCGACCGGGCGAGGAUGCCGUACGUGGAGGCGCUGGUGCUCGAGGUGCUGCGGUGGUUCCCGGUCGCGCCGCUCGGGUUCCCGCACCGGCUGGCGGAGGAUGAAGUCUACGGGGCGUGGGCGCUGCCCCGCGGGACGCUCGUGCAGGCGAACGUGUGGAAGAUCCUGCGCGACCCGGCGGUGUACCCCGCCCCGGACGCGUUCGACCCCGCGCGCUUCGUCGCCGCGCCGGGGACGGAGGCGCAGCCGAGCCCCGAGAUCGGGUUCGGGUGGGGACGCAGGAGCUGCCCCGGCCGCCUGAUGGCGCGCGAGGUCCUCUUCCUGGCGGUCGCCACCGCGCUCGCGACGAUGACCUUCCGCAAGCCCGUCGUGGGAGGGCAGGAGGUGGAGAUCGACUUGGGGCGGAGCGCGGGCGUGGUGAGCCGCCCGACGCGGUUUGAGUGCGUGGUGGAGGCGCGCGCGGGGGCGGGGCUGCUUGUGGGGGAGUGAAUAAGUGAGUGAGUGAGUGAGUGAGUGAGUGAGUGAGUGGUUGGUGGGGUUGGGAUUGGUUGUUUUUUCGGUUAUGAUUAUGCUGCCGUCUGAGACGGUGUACUAUGGCGCUGGGUAUGGUAGAGUAAUUCUGGAAUUAGUACUGCGAUGUGUCUGGUAAUUGUUUGGUUAUUCAAUUCGAUCUCGAUUACAUCGUCCUGGAUGUGU